AUGGAAGAAGCUGAAGAAAGGCACCAAAUUGAAAUCAAGGUGUAUAAACAAAAAGUAAAGCAUUUGAUGUAUGAGCACCAGAACAACAUUGCCCAGUUGAAGGCUGAGGGCACAGUGGCCCUGAAAUUAGCCCAAGAUGGCAAUCGAAGUAGUGAGAUGGAUCUACGUAAAGAUAAACGAAAUCUAAAAGUGGAGCUCAAAGAAAUGGAAUUAUCUCAUGAAGAUAUGAUCAAAACACUUAAAAAGAAAAACGAUGAAGACAUAACCAAUUUACAAGGUGAAUUUGAGCGCAAAGCCAAAGAAAUUGAAGCUAAAUAUGAAAAAAAGAUGAAAGCUCUACGAGAUGAACUUGAACUGAAACGUAAAAUUGAAAUCCAUGAAAUUGAAGAGAGAAAGAAUGGCCAGAUAAAUACACUGAUGAAGAAUCAUGAGAAAGCAUUCAGUGAUAUCAAGAAUUACUACAAUGAUAUAACACUCAACAACUUGGCUUUGAUAAAUACUCUCAAGGAACAAGCUGAUGAAAUGAAGAAAAAGGAAGAGCGACUAGAGAAGCAAAUGGCUGACCUUACAGCUGAGAACAAGCGGUUGACUGAGCCACUCCAGCAUGCCAGAGAAGAAGUGGAGGAACUGCGGAGAUCUUUGGCAAAUUAUGAAAAAGAUAAACAGUGCUUGAAAAUGACCAAAGCUCGUCUGAAGGUGACCACAGAGGAACUAAAAGCUCUUCAAUGGGAACAUGAGGUACUUGAGCAACGUUUUGAGAAGAUUCAAGAAGAACGAGAUGAAUUGUACAGUCAGUUUGUCAAGUCUAUCCAUGAAGUACAACAAAAAAGCAGCUUCAAGAAUCUCCUUCUUGAGAAGAAAAUGGCAACAUUGGGUGAAUUGCUUGAACAGAAAGAAGGCCAGCUCAAUGAAAUCCUGUCUUGUUCUAACCUUGAUCCUUCUGCCCUCAGCAUGAUCACCCGAAAACUUGAGGAGGUGUUGUUAUCAAAGAAUACAGCUAUCAAAGAUCUACAGUUUGAGUUGGCCAGAGUGUGCAAGGCUCAUAAUGAUUUACUGCGUACAUAUGAGGCUAAGCUGAAAACAUUUGGAAUUCCCCUAGAGGAACUUGGAUUCAAACCACUGGAAUCAUCCAUCCCAGAUCAUAUUUUAGGCAAAGGUCCUGCUGGUUUGGUUUCUGCUACUGUUUGA